GUUUUGUACUGAUAAGAUAACAAGGCCUUUGAAACUUGCACCGUAUAAGGGACUUAAUCGCAUUUAAUGUGAAAUAAUUAAAACAAUCGGAAUUGUGAGAUAAUCUUGCGAAGCGAUAAAGGCUGCUGUAUCGCGACCGGGCAGUCUAGCAACGCGGCGCGAGCGCACAUCACCGUCUGUAUACAAUAUUUCAAGUUUCUUUUUUUUUGUAAUGUUUAUUGUUCUAUUAAAAUAAUACAAAAUGGUGAUAUGUCCCCCGUUUAAGUGGUCAUCUAAGGGUGGUUUUAAUUUAAGUAAUAUUUCGAACGGCCUUGACAAGAAGACCCGCCGUGAAACCAUUAUCGGAUUACCUGACAAUGACACGGACUUUAAGCGAGUCAACAGCGAAGAACGAACUUCGACUAGUGUAAAACUCGUUCAACACAUCCAAAUACCUCCGCAAGCGGACAAAAAAAAUAGCAAGAUAAGUGUUGAAAGUGGGGAAUCAGUCUCUACUUUCAGUAAUGACCACAACCGUAAAAGUAGUACUGGUCGUAAAACCAUAUCAGAAAUAGUUAGAGGGGAUCCGGAAAAACGUGAGAAGCAACGCAGGAAAAGAGGGAUUAUUGCUCCACAUCCUACAUUUGACGCAGCACGCUCACUGACUGACUUACAGUAUGAUGUCUUUGAAAAAGAUGAAAGGUCGGCAGAGCAAAUCCGAAAGGCUAUUAUGAUGAAUGAUUUCUUAAGAAAUUUAAUGGAUGAUGAAAGACUCAACGCUGUAGUUGGUGCAAUGAUGACACAAGAUUUCGAAGCUGGAAGUCUCAUCAUUCGUGAAGGAGAGAGUGGAAGUCAUCUGUUUGUUUCGGCUUCAGGACAAUUUGAAGCGUUAAAAAGUGGCCAAGUCGUUAAGAACUUUGGACCAGGCGAAGUUUUUGGUGAACUGGCAAUCUUAUAUAAAGCCAAACGAUUCGCUUCAAUACGAUGUAUAACCGAGGCGAGGGUGUGGACAUUAGAGAGAAGAGUCUUUCAAAAAAUCAUGGUUCGAAGUGAACGCCAGGAACAGGAAGACAAUAUUCGUUUUCUUUCUUCUGUGCCGCUUCUGCAAGAAAUACACCAUAUUGAAUUAGCACAAAUAUCCGAUUUCUUAAAAAGAGAAUUCUUCUCCACCGGUACAGCGGUGGUCAGACAAGGCGAUCGUGGAGAUAAGUUCUACAUUAUUCGCGGUGGGGAGGUGGUUGUUACGAAGCGUGAAGGGGAUGAUGGAGAAAAACGGAUCGGAGUGUUGAAACGCGGUGAUUACUUCGGGGAGCAAGCAUUGCUGUACGAAGACCGACGCCUUGCGACAGUAACUGCUUUGCCGCCGGGCGUGGAAUGCCUGACUCUGGAUCGCGGACCGUUCACUGAAUUUCUUGGAAAUUUGGAGAAAUUGAAGAACAUACGCCACUCAGUGCCCCGUCCAUCGCAGCAGAAGAAAACAUCUCAAGUUAAAAGCGAAUUCGAGUAUGUUGAACUUAAAGAUCUAGAAAUAGUGGGAACGAUGGGUGUAGGUGGCUUCGGUCGUGUUGAGUUAGUGCAGUACAAGCCUGCACCGAAACUAACGUUCGCCCUGAAAUGUCUCAAGAAAAUCGAGAUGGUACAGCAACAGCAACAAGAGCAUGCGUACAAUGAGAAGAAUAUCAUGAUGAGUUGUAAGAGCCCGUUUAUAUGCAGAUUGUAUCGCACAUUCAAAGAUAAAAAAUACAUUUAUUUUCUAAUGGAACCGGUAUUGGGUGGCGACGUGUGGACUAUACUACAGAAACAGCGUUUCUUUCCAGAAAACGUUGCUAAGUUCAUAGCCGCCUGCGUCACAGAAGCUUUCCAAUACUUGCAUUCGAAAGAUAUCAUUUACAGAGACCUCAAACCCGAAAAUCUAAUGCUCGAUAAAUACGGCUACAUCAAAUUGGUCGACUUCGGAUUUGCUAAACGUAUUUCGCCGAAUAGUAAGACAUGGACGUUUGCCGGAACACCCGAGUACGUUGCGCCAGAAAUCGUACUAAACAAGGGUCACGACCGGGCAGUUGACUGUUGGGCUUUGGGCGUAUUGAUCCAUGAGCUACUCGUCGGCAACUCUCCGUUCCGUGCCCGGGGCGGGGAUCACAUGAAAACCUACACUCUAAUAUUGAAAGGAAUCGAUGUAGUAGAUUUUCACCCGAGAGUUUUGAAGUCUGCUCAAAUGCUCAUACGCAAGCUAUGCAAAGCUGUGCCCAGUGAAAGGCUCGGAUACCUCAAAAAUGGCAUGGCUGAUGUCAAAAAUCACAAAUGGUUCCUCGGAUUCGACUGGGACGGUCUCCGAGAAAAAAGACUGAAAGCGCCAUUAAUUCAAGCAGUAGCCAACGACCUUGACCUGUCCAACUUCGAAAAAUACCCACAAGAGAAACUGCCACCAGACGAAACGUCUGGCUGGGACUUAGAUUUCUGAUUUCGCUUGUAUUAUAUAAGAUGGAAUUAUGCUUAAAACUUGUGUUAUUUUUUUCACAAAAUUUUCAAAUUAGCUUAAUAAAGUUUUUAUAUAUUUAUGUAGAUGUGAUGUAAAUUGAUAUAUUGUACAUACAUCAACCACAUAGGUACCACUACUGUGAAUAUUUGAUUUACCGAAUUAAAUAGUGGUUAUAAUUUAAAGUUCAAUUUAUCGAUACCUAAUCCCGUUCUCAGGGAACAUUUGCAGGCUCUGAGUUGUACCAUAUUUUUGAUGGGGAGUACUUUAUGGAAUUGCUAGAGAAUGCCAUCAUCUCGCUUUCACAAUCACACCGCACGCUACCGGUGCAGGAUUCAUCCAUACUAUUUGGAACCACUGCGCUGCUACAACAGUUCGUUCCAAAGAUUCUUUCUUCUAUCGUACCAACUGAUUCUGGAAUGAACGCAGUGUGACAUGAGCGCUAUGACAUGUUCCUUAUCAAACGAGGUUAGAGAAAUGUCCGCAGCAGUAGACAAUAGUUUAGCAUUGCUGAUGUCCAUGAGGAACCGUGACCACCAAGUGAACCGUAAGCUCGUCUAUCUACAAAGGCAAUAAUGAAAAAAGGUAAAAAGGUGUAAUCAUAGGAAAUUCGACCUAAUACCUACCUAUAGGUAUAUUUUCACUUUGCACUUUAUAUCGCAUUUAAUACUUAAAAGACGUAAGUGAACUCGAAAUUGUAGAUUCGAAAUUAAGUAUUAAAUAGAAAAUCUGUCAUUACAGUUAAUAGAUUAUAAAUAAAAAACAACCAAAAAUUCAUUGUUUAUGGUAUGUAUAAUUAUCAUAACACAAUGCUCCCUAAAUCAAACCUUGACCAGCAAGGUCAGCGCUCGGUAACAAUACCAAAAUAGGAAAACGAUACAUUGUCAGUUAAAUGUUCUAAUCUUCUGGAAACAUCAAGUUUAAAAUUCCAAUAGGCGAUCCAACAAAAAUCAUGUGCUCUAAUGACAGCGUACAAUGUAGACAAUAAAUUCACUGCAUACAAUGAACUAAAUUAAAACGCGAGUGUUGCGGGUCGCCGAUCUUUCUUAUAGUGUAUACAUAAUAUGUAUAUUAUAUAGUAUCGAGGCUAAGAGACGUGUCGUAUCGUAUCCGACGUAUCGCAGAGCAGUAGGGGACGGGUAGUGCCGUUGGUUCAACGCAUGCAUACGGUACUGCUUGGACCCAUUCAAGUUUAACUUUUUUCCCCAAAACUGUCACGCAUGCAGUCUCGCGAUCGCGGGCGUGCGGAUCGGCUACCACGCGUGUGCCUCUGACCGCGAUUUGCAAGUGAUUUGUCACAAAAACCGAAGAAAGUAGAAAUAUCGUUUACCAAACGAAAUAAAAAACAAAACAAAGUAUUCUUACAAACAGCGGGUACAUAAAGUGUGUUUUACUCAUUCUAUCGUGGAUAAUGUGCUUCAAUUUCAAUUAAGAAUGUGUUUUGUUUUACCAUAAAACAACUUUAUCUACGAAUUAGAAAUUCUGGACUUAUUCUCUGUUUCUUCGGUCGAAUCGGAUUAUUUUAAAUAUAAAUUCAAUGAUAUGCACCGGUACGUAAUAUAUAAAUCAUAAAACAGUCAUCAUAAUUACACAGAAAGAACCUAAUUUUAAUACCGAAUUGUGAUAAAUCGAAACCUCAUAAAAUAUUAUUUAUAGACACAUAGUAAUUUCGAAAACAAUGAUAAUGAUGUCAUGAAUUUGUUAACAUAGUAUCAAAAUUGAAGGAUAAACUUUGUACUAGAAACAUUAGAAAGACGUAGGCGUUUAUAACCACGUAAUAAAAUCUACGAAAAUAAAAUUCAAUGAAUUGCUUUAAGAGAUGUGUCGUCAGCGGAGCUAUGUUGGUAUUUCCUUUCCCCACUUAUCAACAGUUAUUUCGUAGUUAUCGCAUUCUGGUAUCGUAUACUUCAAUUCAAAUUAGAAUGAACUUUCUAUAAAACCUUCACACUGUUUCGCGACAUUGACAAAUAUUAUAAUAAGAUAAAAUAAAAAACUUAGGAAAAUAA